AUGAUGCAAGAAGAGGUUAUGCUUGCGAGCAGACCCGUGGCUGAAGAUAUUGGUAAUGCUCUCGCCAAUGUUGAAGCUCGAGCACAGCAGCAUGCUGGCAUGGAGAAUCGUUUGAACGCGUUCAGGAGUUCCACGCUCAUCUUCAGCUUGAAGCAGGUUUUGAAAACUACGAGUCCAAAGAUCGAGCUAGCCAAGAGGUCGCUACCGCAGCACAAUUAG